ACGAUACCAAGCUAUCUUAUUUGAACAAUACCUUUCACAGAUUAACGUUUUUCUGUUUGCAUGCAGUGGUUAUAAAAUUAGAACCUGUUUCACGUCUGCAUGCUGACCUAUCGAAAGAAAUCAGCAGCAUUUUCAAAAAAAUAGUCGAAGCGCUGACAUAAGCGUAAUUCGGAUGCUUAAGGCAAACUAUUCGUGUCCAAACUUAAUCGUUUUCAUAUAAAAUCGAUUAUGUGUGAGCAAAAUAAAGGAGCUAUUGCUGGCAAAAGUUUCUUCCAUGUAUCACUAUUUUUUCCAUGUAUCGUUAUGUUAUUGGACUACGGAUUACUGUGCCAGGGAGCCAACAAAACGCUACAGAUCGUGUGGAUGGUGCCGCUACAAGAGCACCCUAAAGAGAUCUUCCGAUACAACGCGUCUUCCUCCAUCGCCGCGCUAGCGUACGGCAUUGAGACAGUCAAGAACGAGUCCAUCUUGCCGGAAUACGAUCUAAACCUGACGGUUCUGGACACAAAUUGUAGCAGCAAGCAGGGGAUAGGAGUCCUAGUGGACCUCUUGAUGGUCCAGGAUAUUGACGUCGUUAUCGGCCCGCCAUGCCCUGGAGUGGUGGAGCCGGUGGGGGAACUGAUGUCGUACAGGAACGUGCCGGUGAUCAAUUGGGUGUCGUUGCAACAGACCAUACAGACCAAGGAUUCAUUGACUACGUACAUACGAACGAUGACACCGGUCUACACUCUCGGUGAACUUAUGACCAAAUUCUUGCAAGAUACAGGCUGGAAGAACUAUAUCAUUGUCCGGGAGAUAAAUAAGGAAUAUGAUGCAUUGGCGGAGAUCUUGGAGUCCACACUAGGCUCUUUCAACGAAAUUGGCUUCCGUGUUACACAGGUUCAUAAGCUUCACGAGCCGACGGAGUCCGGUGACGACAUUGACGCCACAUUGAACAGCAUAAAGCACGAGGGAAGAAUUGUCUUUCUCGUUAUUGACCAGUCCAAUCUGCGGAAUGUGAUGCUGCGAGCGCAUAAACUCAACAUGACUAAUGGGGAUUACCAGUUCCUAUACACAUACGGAAGGACUGCGACGAUGCAUAAAUUGGAGAAGUACUUCAUGAAUUACAGAAUGUGGAGGCGGGAUGACGAAUUUGAUGAGAUUGCCAGACAGGCUUUCGAAAAUGUCCUGCUGUGGCAGUAUUGA